GUCAAGACCAGAGUGAAGUUUCCUCGCCACACAGUCCUACCACCACAACCGCUAACAUGUCGAAGAUCGGUAUCAAUGGAUUCGGCCGCAUCGGUCGCCUGGUGCUCCGCGCAGCCCUCCAGAAGGGAGCCGAGGUGGUGGCUGUGAAUGACCCCUUCAUCGCGCUGGACUACAUGGUGUACAUGUUCAAGUAUGACAGCACCCACGGCCAGCACAAGGGGGAGGUCAAGGCCGAGGACGGCUGCCUCGUCGUCGACGGCCACAAGAUCACCGUCUUCAACGAGAUGAAGCCCGAGAACAUUCCAUGGAGCAAGGCCGGCGCCGAAUACAUCGUUGAGUCCACUGGUGUGUUCACCACCAUCGAGAAGGCCUCCGCCCACUUCCAGGGCGGCGCCAAGAAGGUCAUCAUCUCCGCUCCCUCUGCCGACGCCCCCAUGUUCGUGUGCGGUGUCAACAUGGAGAAGUACUCCAAGGACAUGAAGGUGGUGUCCAACGCCUCUUGCACCACCAACUGCCUCGCCCCCGUCGCCAAGGUCCUGCACGAGAACUUCGAAAUCCUCGAGGGUCUCAUGACCACCGUGCACGCCGUCACCGCCACACAGAAGACCGUGGACGGCCCCUCCGCCAAGGACUGGCGUGGUGGCCGUGGCGCCGCCCAGAACAUUAUCCCUUCAUCCACCGGCGCCGCCAAGGCCGUCGGCAAGGUCAUCCCCGAGCUGAACGGAAAGCUGACCGGCAUGGCCUUCCGCGUGCCCACCCCCGACGUGUCCGUUGUUGACCUGACCGUGCGCCUUGGCAAGGAGUGCUCCUACGAUGACAUCAAGGCCGCCAUGAAGGCCGCCGCCGAGGGACCCCUCAAGGGCGUGCUGGGAUACACCGAGGACGACGUGGUGUCCACCGACUUCGUGGGUGACAUCCGCUCCUCCAUCUUCGACGCUAAGGCCGGCAUCCAGCUGAGCAAGACCUUCGUCAAGGUCGUCUCCUGGUACGACAACGAAUUCGGCUACUCCAACCGCGUGAUCGACCUCCUCAAGCACAUGCAGUCCGUGGAUGCCUAAGGCGUCGGCCUCGUGUGCAGGAUGUGAGGAAGGGAGGGCGCGAGGGACGGCGUGGUACGGCCGGGGGCGCGGGACCUCUUCGUUGUCUUCGUGCGUUGCUGCUUCAAAUACUCUUUAGUAAUAUGUUGGCGAAAGAUCUUAGUUUAUUUGCAUAUUAUAUAUAACCACGAGAUCAAAUUCUUGAAAGGUAGGAACUUCCCCGUGCGCCCUGGCAUCACGCCCUUGCGUCCUCGUAUACCUUCGUGAUGGUGCGGGAGGGAGGAAAUGCUGAACGCUCUCCACGCCUCCACACGUCGGUGGUAGCGAGUGGUCGUGGUCGUCGAUGUUUAGUCGUGCUAGUCUCAUCCCUUACAUGUUUUUUUUGUCUGAAACACUCUGGAUCAAUGAUGUAUGCUACUUUGACCAACUGGAUAUUGGCCAAUAAAGAACUUAAUUUCACACAA